ACCGGAUCCCAAACCAAUGGUGCACAUGGGCUCCAGUAUCCUGCGGGAACAAAUGGCGUAUGAACCAAUCGUUGGUCACCGGCUACCAUGAGACUGCAUCUCCUUACGAUGCUCCACUGCCUUGUGGGUCAGACCUUUAAGUCGAAGACUUGGAGUGUGGCCCCCUAAGAAAACCACCUGCUUCGGUUUGGGCACUCUGGCAGUAUCACAUCCCUCACACAAACCAAUUGAGAUUUAUGUGGCGCAUAUGUAUUUGGUGCCUCCGUGUACCAAUACCUAUGCGUUAAAAUAAUAAUAAUCUUUAGCCAUGUCGAUGCUGAAAACUUUUUGAAUUUUUAUACGUAAUUCGUUCGUCCAAAACUCGAGUACUGCAUACAAGCGGCCAGCCUUUGCCUAAAAGGAAACAGUGACCUAUUGUGAAAGAUUCGAGCAACCGCAACUAAGCUGAUUCCCAGAAUAGCAAUGUUCCCAUUUGACGCUCGACUGGCUAAACUAAGCCUAUUUCCAUCAUCAUAUAGAAGAACUGGCGGUGACUUGAUCACAAUUUUUAAAUUACUUGUCGAUAACUUCGCAUCUGAUAAGCUCUUAUUUUUAUUGUCUUCCAAAUCAGUGAAUUCACGAGGACAUUAAAAAAGCUCACAAGAACAGAACAAAUUACUUGUCAGAUGAUUAUCAACUUUCCUAUCAAAUAAUCAACGAAUGGAAUUCGUCUUCCAACAGGUGAUUGAAGCUUUAUCUGUCGAUGCUUUCCAAAGAAACUUGGGUCGACAGAGAGACCACAAUUGCCAGAACUAACACAGGCUAUCGAGCCUCAUGUCCUUUCUAAACCGAAACUAAUCCUGGCGUCGCCCAAUGGUCGUCCGUAAACUAUAGUAUCACUGUCUAGUCUUUUAUUGGAUACACCAACUUAGGUUUAUAGUUCGCCUGUUAAAGUUUUACUAUGAAUCUAGAACACUUCGGACAAUAAGUCACUAUCAAGCGAUUAAGUUCAACAUUGUUUAGUAAUUGGCUUAAAAACCCUAUUUGAUUUUCUUUACAAAUGUUCCUACUUUCAGUGGUGUAAUCGGUGUUUGUGGCUACACUACUGUAUUAUGAUUGACGAUAUAAUUAAUAUGAUUCCUCAAUUAACACAUGGUCUUCAUAAAGGUCAAAUGGGAAGAAUUGCUAUAGUGGGAGGAUCAAAAGAAUAUACUGGAGCACCAUACUUUUCCGCUAUCAGUGCUUUGCAUUGUGGUGCUGAUUUAGUUCAUGUAGUAUGUUCUGCUGCUUCCUCUCCUGUUAUCAAGUCAUAUAGUCCCGAAUUGAUCGUUCAUCCUGUUCUGGAUGGAGUUCUAGCAGAAGCGACAAAAUGUAUGGACAGAGUUCAUGCAAUUACAUUUGGACCUGGUCUGGGACUAACGGAAAACGUUGAAAAUACUACGAAACUGAUAGAUUAUUGCAAACAUUCUAACAAGCCUAUUGUCAUUGAUGCUGAUGCUUUGUAUAUCGUUACUCAAAAUCCAUCACUCAUAGAAGGUUAUGAUAAAACUAUUCUUACUCCAAAUACUGUUGAGUUUUCAAGACUAUAUUAUUCUGUGUUUUCAUCUCAACCAUAUGAUACCAAAGAUGCGACAAGAUCUCUUGCUGAAAAACUUGGUGUCACCAUUGUCCAUAAAGGUUCUACAGAUAUUAUAUCGAAUGGUCAAACAACUAUACAGUGUGUGGAUCAAGGAUCACCCCGCAGAUGCGGUGGACAGGGCGAUGUUCUAUCUGGUACAAUGUCAGUCUUCAACUACUGGUUUCACCAACUUAAAGAUAACAAUCAGAAUCUACUGUUUACAGCUACUAUUGGAGCUGCAUUUGCAGCUUGUUCUCUUACACGAAAAUGUUCACAAUUGGCAUACGCUAAAUACGGUCGUUCUAUGAUAACUACGCAAAUGUUGCCAGAAAUACAUAAUGCAUUCGAACAACUAUUCGCUAAAACACCAAUAGCAUAAAACAUAAUAUCUCGCUUUUCUGUAUUCUAAACAAACAUGAUUAAGUUGUUUUCAUCAAAUACGUAUUAACUUUGUAUUAUAAUUGACUAACAGUACGUAUUUUUGACUGCAUUCAAGUCUCGUACUUUAC